UGUUUAUGUCGAUAACAUGGCAUGUGAUGCCAACAGUUCUCACAUCAAUGAUUGCCGGUAUGUAACUUACGACGAUUGUUCACAUUGGGAGGACGUAGCCGUUACAUGUACAGCAAAAUGCGAUAACCCAACGCUACAGUGGGGUAUGGUCAACGACACUUCAACAAAUGUGGGAUCUUCAAUAAGCGUCGCAUGUGAACGUGGUCGAAUACUUGUCGGUGACUCGGUAAUAGUUUGCAAAGAAGACGGAAAUUGGACAAGCACACCAUUCUGUCGUUUAAUAGAUUGUGGAGAUCCAACGCCAGAUAAUGGCGAAAUUAUGGGGACGUCAUAUUACCUCGAUGACGUCGUCUCUGUGUCGUGUGAUACCGGUUAUAUUUUAUCCGGCGACGCCGUCAUAACAUGCCAGAACAACAGUUAUUGGACUGAUGAUCCAACCUGUACUAUUGUCGACUGUAACGCCCUGACCAUCGCCAAUAUGACGAUUGACAUCGGUAACACAACCACCUACGGACAGAUAGCAGUUGUAAAGUGUAAAUAUGAGUUUAGUCCACGCGGAUCAUGGGCGGUGAAAUGUGAAGCUAACGGCGUUUGGAAUUACACGCACGUUCCGGAUUGCAAACUGAUUGAUUGUGGAUCAUCUGCACCACCCUAUGGAAGGGUCAACGACACCACAUCGACUAUCGGAACUGUGGUUGGCGUGGAAUGUGACUAUGGUCGACAUCUGGUUGGUGAUGCGGUGUUAGUUUGUCAACAGAAUGGACAUUGGUCUGGUUCGCCUAUUUGCUCUUUGAUAGAGUGUGAUGAUCCGACACCAAAUAAUGGCUUCACUAACGGGACGUCACACUACCUCGAUGCCGUUAUAUCAGUAUCGUGUGUAACUGGAUUUGUGUUGUAUGGCCAUUCCGCCAUACGAUGUCAGAACAACAGCCAUUGGACGGACUACCCAAACUGCACGAUAGUUGAUUGUGGCGUCCUACACAUUUCCGCAAUGAGUGUUAACAUCGGUAAUGCAACUACAUAUGGACAGAUAGCAGAUGUAAGAUGCCAUCCAGAUUUCACACCACUGGGUUCCUGGACCGUGAAAUGUGAGGGCAGCGGCAUUUGGAAUUACUCACACGUUCCGCAAUGUGAACUCAUUGAUUGUGGAGACCCAACGCCUUCGAAGGGUCUGGUGAAUUCAUCAAAAACAACAGUCAAUACAGUAGUGCGCGUUUCGUGUGAAUACGGUUAUACGCUGUCAGGAGAGUCAGUCAUCACAUGUCUUAGAAACGGUACGUGGUCCGGGAAAUCCAUAUGCGACCCUUCCGAUUGCGGGCGACCAGCCAUAUCGAAUGCAGACGUGGUGACAAAUUCAACGACCCUGUAUUCCAAGGCAUUUAUCACUUGUAACGAAGGAUUCGAAAUACAAGGGCCAAUAUGUGAAGAGAUGGAAGUUGAAAAUGGUAGUGUGAUCGGCGCAGGAAGAGAGUAUGGAGCUGUUGUUGAAGUGAAAUGUCAUACUGGAUAUAUUAUUCGGGGAGACAACAAACUGACAUGCCAAGGAAAAGGUCAAUGGAGCGAUAGUCCAGCAUGCGUCAUUCAAAAUUGUGGAAUCGUGACCGUACCAACCAAUGGAAUCCUAUUAACAAGUCCCGUGGUAACAACGUUUAAUUCAUCAUUGCGAUUUCAGUGUAAUGAUGGUUAUCAUCUGACCGGAACUGACGUUCUGUGGUGUGACGCAAACGGCAAAUGGGACAGUUCAGUCCCGACGUGCGUUCGCAAGUACUGUGAUAACCCAACCCCAACAAACGGCGCCGUUAAUGGGACAUCCUUUUACUUCAGUGACGUGGUUUCAGUAUCGUGUGAUAAUGGCUACUUAUUGUCCGGCGAACCUUUCAUUAAAUGUCAGAAUAACAGUAAAUGGACAUCUUAUCCGACAUGUAAUAUCGUUGUGUGUGAGCGCAUUGACUUAGAAAAAGGCAACGUGACCGGCACAGAUGCACACUUCGGGUCAAUAAUCGAGGUGAAGUGUGAUAUUGGAUAUGAUCUCCGUGGUGACAGUAGACUAGUAUGUCAAGCCGAUGGUCAAUGGAGUGGUAAUCCAACAUGCAUCAGUAAAGAUUGUGGGAAUGUUACUUUGCCAAACAACAUGAUGAUCGUAACUAGUCCUAUAGUUACAACGUUUAAUUCCUCACUGCGAUUUCAAUGUCAAGAAGAUUAUCUACUGACCGGAAAUGACGUCAUGUGGUGUUCCGCAAUGGGCACGUGGAACAGUUCUGUCCCGACAUGUAUCCAGAAAUCGGACAUUGGUGGACCAUGUGCUGAUGCUAGAAUGUGUAGGACACAUAGCGCUAUUUGUGAAGACAAAAAGUGUUCGUGCAUGUCUGGAGUGGAAGACAGAAGAACACGGAAAUGUGAUAUAAUGCCAUUGCUUCCAUUUGGAGAAGAAAAUGGAGAUGUGAUUAUGGAACAACAUGAUUGCAGUGAAUCCAUUGUUUUCACACAUUCGAUACCAGUUUUCAACAACAUGAGACGUUCAAUGCAUGUAUGCAGAUGUGGACUGGUAAGUUUUGAUAAGAAAUAUUCCAAUAAUAAACCUGUACCGGUGGGUAAAGGAAAAGUAGACAUCAUUGAACCGACAAUUGAUAUCAAGGACCCGGUUGUAGCAGCAUAUUUCGCAGAUAUUUUUGUUGACAACUCCUCAUCAAUUACAUACAGGACAUACGAUAUUCUUAACAACUAUCCAUUCUCAACCAAGGCGACGGAAGAUAUUACAAUCCUUGAAAGUUUAAUCAAACGGUUGGAAAAUCUUUCUUCAUUUGAGGCAAGUUUCCUUUUGAUUGCAACAUGGAAUCGUGUGAAAGCAAAGGCGUCUGCACUAAAUCGUAAUAACCCAGCAACGUUCCAACUGGCUAUCGUUUCAAAUGGUGUACGGACUUAUUCCUUAACAAUAUACGGACAUGAAUUGAUGAACUGGGCUUUAACGUCGAGAGAUAAAACAAUUCCUGUAUGGAUCGGUCACGCCGGAGAGAAUGGUACCACAUUCAACCACUUGUUCUCUUUCAAACCGCCGGCACUUCGGAUGGAUUUGGGUUGUAAAUCAGGAGGAAUUAGUGGACUCUGUUUGAAUAACAUUGAUGAAAACAUCUCCGUAUUAAGCCACCAUGGUGUUGACUGUAUUAAGUGGUACAAUAAAAACAGUAACCGAAAACAGAACAUUAAUCUCAUCUCACAACGUCUACCUAUGUGCCCAUGUGACGUCGAUCUUGCCCGAUGGGACCCGUGGUUUUGGCCAAUUCGGACCCAAGUGCGUCAGCAAAAUAACGAUAGUGUGUGCGUUGACAUGAUGCUACGCGAAGCUUUCAAGCCCCAUGGAAAGUCGUGCUGCUAUUACCGCUCAACAUUGACAUUCGUGGACACGAAACCCCUAUCUGGUGGAUUUUACUUCUCACAUCCCUCUUUCUCACCACGUGAUCACGAGGCAAAUGAUGUCAUCAUGAAGGACAAAUGUUGUACGAAAUCCAACUUCUGCGAUCUCUAUUACCAACUGCAUCCUACAGGCACAUGCUACACCGAAUCUCCAUACAGAUUUGGUUCCUUCUGGGGAGAUCCGCAUAUGAGCACACUCGACGGAAUGAACUACACAUUCAACGGACUCGGGGAAUACGUAUUGCUAAGCAUUGAGACGUCAAAUGUAACAUUUUCCCUCCAAGCUAGGACAGAGAGGGCAGUGAAGGAAGACGGGAACCUGUCUGACGCGACAAUCUUCACAGCGUUUGCAGCUCGUGAUAAUACAAAUUCGUCCAUACACGUUGAACUUAAUAAGGCUAAGGACAAUGUUACUUUGUACGGGAAUGGCAUUGAUCUUACAAAGACUCUUCGGGAAGUACAACACGACAUGUUUGUGUUUAAUACGUCAACACUCACAAUUCAUGAAGAUGACGGCGUGUUGAGGGUGUCAUUCCUUGAGAUAGGGAUAACGCUCGAAAUAGGAAAAGGAGCAGGAAUGUUGUCAUUGGAUGCGAUUAUACCAAAUAAAUUCAACGACGUAACAAAAGGUCUCCUAGGAAAUUUUGAUAGAGACCCUUUCAAUGAUUUUGUAUACCCAAAUGGAAGUCAGCUUCAUUUUAAUGCAAGUGAUAUGGAUAUAUUUUAUUACGGUCAGGCAUGGUCCGUGAAUGACAGCUCGUCUGUAUUUUUCUAUGACGACGGAAAGCAACAUUCCGAUUAUCACAACGCUUCUUACAUACCGCGUUUCCUGGAUACCGUCGACAAAAUAACGCUUGCUGAAGCUGAAAAGGCAUGCAACGGCUCAAAGAAUAAAGAAUGUGUGUUCGACUACGCAUUAACCUUGAACGAAAAUAUUGCGAUGAUGACGAACAGAAAACGUGAAAUUAUUGACGUGAACACAGAAGAAAUAGCUAAAGUCGUGCCAACCAUAAAUAAUACAUGUAGCGUAAAUGCUAAGGUUGGAGAACAAAUUUCGUGCCAGUUAAAGAUCGAUGAUGGGUUAGAUAUAGAAGUUUUGAACAAUGUAAAUAAAACAACAACAUAUAACAGAACGUCAAAGACGCUCUAUUUCAGACAAAAAGAUGAUCGUCCACACAACAUAUGGUUUGUUGCAAUCAACGCCGACAGAAAGCAAUCUCAGCAGCACACUAUACAGGUACAACUAUGCACUGGUUGCAGUGGCAACGGACGCUGCUCCACGACAGUGCGGCCGGACCCUCGAGAGAAUGCAUAUUUCAAGUACUCUGCAUGCGUGUGCGACCCUGGAUACACCGGAGACGAUUGUGAAAAACUAUACGACUGGUGCGCUGAACGUCCCUGCUCCUUUGGAAGAAACUGUACUAGCCUACCAUCGAACAGAACAUAUUCGUGUUCCCCUUGCCCAAACGGAUAUAAUGCUGAACCAGGGACAAACGAUUGCAUUGAUAUUAACGAAUGCAACUCGUCCAAUCUCUGCGACCAUAUGUGCCUCAAUUCUGAAGGAAGUUACUCGUGCGAUUGCAAGCAAGGAUUCCGAGUCGAUGCAAAUAACGAACAUAAAUGUAUCGAUAUCAACGAAUGCAACGAGGCUUCUGACAACUGCACUCAGAUCUGCAACAACACGAUAGGCGGCUUUCUCUGCAGAUGUCAUUCCGGGUUUACCUUCGAGAUGUCUAAUUGGACAUGUGUACCAGAUGAUUCUGACCCAUGUGCUAGAUCAACACUCAACUGCACUCAAACCGCGGGCUGUACCCUUGAUACGAACAAUGCAACCACGUGCUUCUGUGAUGCAGGAUUUAUUUUUAACAAAAUAUCAUAUCAAUGCCAAGAUGUCAACGAAUGCUCUCAACAUAUUUGUGCACAAGACUGCACGAACACGAUCGGCAGUUUUCAGUGCAGCUGCAUUGCGGGUUACCAGCUGAUAAACAAGGUAUCAUGUGAACUAUGUGAGGUGCCAUACUGGGGUUUGAACUGUUCACAAACGUGCGACUGUACCGGACGCGGUGCCGAGAGAUGCGAUCCUGUCAGAGGCUGCGUCUGUUCCAAUGGUUGGACAGGAAGUUCAUGUGACGAUGACGUCGACGAGUGCAAGGAGCAUCCUGGAGUCUGCGAAGAUGCUAGGAAGUCCUGUACUAACAACAUUGGCUCGUACAGCUGUGAUUGUUUGAAAGGAUACGUUACAGAUGCUGUAGGAAAUUGCCGAGAUAUAGAUGAGUGCUCUGAUCCACUGUUGAACGAGUGUAGUCAGACGUGUUUGAAUGCUGAAGGCAGCUACACUUGUGGAUGUAAACACGGCUACACAGAAGUCAAUUCGACACAUUGUACAGACAUUAAUGAGUGCGAUCUAACCUUGGCGGACUGUGAACAGAUGUGCGAAAACCAUCCAGGAUAUUACAACUGUUACUGCUUCUUCGGAUACAGGCUCAACGACGACAGGAAUACAUGUAGUAAAGUGAAGGAUUUUUGCAAGGAACUUAACAAUCUAACAUGCGCCGGCUAUUGUGAAGUACGAGACAAUACAGCAUCAUGUCAGUGUCAACAAGGCUUUGAACUUACCUCUGAUAAACAAAAUUGUGCAGAUGUCGAUGAAUGUGAAGAUGGCAAUAAAUGUUCAACAGGAGCCAACUGUAUGAACACUGUUGGCUCAUUUGUGUGUGAAUGUCCUGUCGGUAUGAAGCUGCAAAAUAACAAAAGAACAUGUAAAGAAUGUGACAAGUAUCACUACGGCAAAGAUUGUUCACUUACGUGUUCGUGUAUCAACGGUGUGUGUAAUAGUACUGUAGGCUGCGUGUGUGGUCCGGGCUGGACAGGGAUAAGUUGCGACGUUGACUUCGACGAAUGCAGAAAUAACCAGGUGGUCUGCAAUGAGACCUAUACCCACUGUUUGAACACGCCGGGCAGCGCCUCGUGUGUCUGUCAAGAGGGCUACACGAAAAACAUAGCAUCGGGAAAGUGCGAAGAUGUGAACGAAUGCCAGACUUCUUUCAUGAACACGUGUGAUCAAGAUUGCAUCAACACACCCGGAAGUUAUCUUUGUAGUUGCAGAGCAGGUUUUGUUUUCAAAAAUGGAAAAUGUAACGAUAUUAACGAAUGCCUAGGCGGGAACGAAUGUCAACAACAAUGUGUUAACACUAUUGGUAGCUACAGAUGCUCUUGUGAAUCGGGAUUCGUUCUUGAACUUACCGACCGAAAGUCUUGCAUUGCUGAGACAAAGUGUACGUUAAAUCAAGCUGCUAACUGCUCUGGUAAUGCUACUUGUUCUGUUUCCGACGACGAGGUUAUAUGUGUUUGUCCUAAUGGAUACAACGGGACUUAUUGUACAGACAUCGACGAGUGUGAAAAUGGUAAGGAAACAUGUGACCAAAAUUGUAAAAAUACCGAAGGUGGAUACAAUUGCGAGUGUCAAGUUGGAUAUUUCCUGGAAAACGAUAAUGCCACGUGCACAGAGUGCAUGAACUGGACAUACGGUGAGAUGUGUUCCAGGGAAUGUAAAUGCAAUUUGACCAAUACUGAGACUUGCAAUCCAACAAACGGAAAUUGUACGUGUUUGAAAGGUUGGCAUGGUGGACUGUGCAACGAUGACGUCAACGAAUGUACGUCCACUUCAAACGAGUGUCCCACCAAUUCCCAAUGUAUAAACUUAUCAGGCAGUUUUACAUGCGAAUGUGACGCUGGAUAUCUCAAGAACAGCUCUGGUCUGUGUCAAGAGUGUCCUCAAGGUCGUUUUGGCAAAGGCUGUACAAGCACCUGUUUGUGUGAUAUGGCACAUACAUCCGUGUGCAAUCCAGUGAACGGGAGCUGUACGUGUGACGCAGGAUGGACUGUCCCCGAAUGUAAAACAGAUGUCGACGAGUGUGUGUCAGCUAAUGGCUUCAAAUGUCCUGCCAACUCGACAUGCGUCAAUGCUAUUGGUAGUUACAAGUGUGAUUGUGACCCGGGUUUCAAAACGAGCAGCAAAGGCGACAGCUGUACAGAGUGUUCAGACAACACUUACGGUAGCAAAUGUUUCAAUACGUGCGCAUGCGUUAAGGAGCACACACUUUCCCACACCCAGUCAUGUGACACUGUCAAUGGAACAUGCAAGUGCACUGGAAACUGGACGGGCAAUACUUGCCAAAUCGAUGUAGAUGAGUGCAAAGAAGAUGUGUGUAAGGAUAAACACACCGUAUGUGUUAACACUGAUGGUUCUUUCGCUUGCUACUGCAAGAAAGGCUUUGUAAAAGACGAUGUUACCAAAACUUGUUCGAAUGUAACGACAGUUCCAGGAAAGCAAAAAGACCUGCAGAUAACCCUAAAAAUUGACGUUCAGAGUAUAAAUCUUACAUCAGACAGGGAUUUUGCAGUGGUUGCCGAAAAAGUUACAUUAUCGCUAAGGACCUACCUGUUGCGGUUCAUAACACAUUUCACAAUUGUAAUUAAGGAUCUACGAAAAGGAAGCUUAGUUAUAAACUUUACGCUUUUCUACAAUAACACUGCUGAUGCGGUUACAAAUGUUACCAAUGCACUAGACGAUCUUAGGAAAGGACCAAACAUCAUGUAUGAAGGAAAGCUUGUAGAAGCAGUCUCAGAACAACUUCGUGGGUCCACGCCAUGUGGUUUGUUUGAGGAGAUAAGAGGAGGUCCGUGUGAAUUCGGGACAGCGUGUAACGUCACAAACGGUGUGGUUUCGUGCGUAGUGAACAUUGUGCCCACAGACAAUGUAAAGCUGAUCAUAGGUGUUUCUGUGGCGGGAGGUCUAAUUCUGGCUAUAGGAAUUUGUACAGCGAUAUGUAUUGUGAUCAAAAGAAAAGCGAGGAACGCCAAAAAGAACACCCUAAGGCUGGAUAACCUCAAUCGAUUUGAUGGACAAGGUGGGAAGGUAUUUUGGAGAUCACCAUCCAAAGAAGUUCGCCAUGGAAAUGAACCUGAGGCCCCAAGGUAUAGAACAUGGCGAUCCAUGGCUCUGUCAUUCAGGCAGGAUGCCGUUAAGAUUCCGAGAAUAGUUCCAGACGAGAAUUCAGGUACUGCAGGAUAGUGAUAUACAGUACGAAAAAAAGCCAGGACAAAACACUAAUAAAUAAGCUUUUAUUAGAUUUCCUGUGAAUUUCGAUUCCACCGAAUCAUAUUUAAAGUGUAUAUAUGCAAAUUUCUUUUCGUAUACCCUAUGUGGGAUCUGACAUUAUUAUUGUGUAUAAUUUUAAUACUGAUCUAUGGUAUGUUAUCAUUUGUUUUUAAUGUCCAAUAAGGUUUUCAUAAUUGCUAUAUUUGUUGUCUAUUUUUAUGUAUUUGUUUAAUAUGUGUUUUGUAUUAUUUUAUAAUUUUAUCUAACGAAAAAUAUGAACGUUCAAUUUAUGUUGAAAUACUAACAGAAUUUGUACAAUAUUUUAUAAAAUACUGAUCAUAUUCAGAUAUAAAAAAAAACAUAGUCCAUACGGUUCGUUUGUUUGAAUUGACACCACAGGUUAUUUUUUCAAUACGUGACAACGCAUUUCGAGUUUUAAACCUAUUUAUUCAUGAUCCACAAAAUAACAAGUACUUUAUAUAUCAGCAAAAGCAACCAAAAUGCCUUUUUAGCAUAUAAACACUAAAAAUUCAAGUGACACUUUGGUAUCUUUUAAAGUGUAUAGUUGCGUUUUGUAAAUAAUUAUGUUCACUAUGAUGAUUUGUGUAGCUUCUCGUUUGAAAGGUGGUUAUAACUUUCUUUAAUACAUAAUUAAGUUGCAUGUGUUUCAUACGUUUUGUAUAUUUUCUGUAUUUUGUCUUACUACUAAUUUUAUUUCGUGUUUAAAAAUAUGCAAGAUCUUUUCUAUUAAUUACUGUU